CGGAGUGCCGAACAAGGUAAAUGGCUUCCUGUCUCAUGGUUGUAUUCAUGAAAAAUCCAGACCAAAUUUGUUUUUUUUAAGUUUAACUUUUCGAACCCAACGAAUACAUUGAAUUUCAUGUUUAAAUAGCUGGAUUUGUGUAAUUAGUUUAACAGAUCUAUUGCCCACACAAGGUCUUUUCCUACGGCUUCUAAUAAGCUUAGAUUUUUACUUAUGGGAUUCAACCAGGCGAGCCACCAGUCAUCUGAGGAGUAUUAUGAUCCUGUAUCAGCAAAUGGAUUUGAAAAAAAUGAUGUAAAAUGCUAUAAUCCUAGUGAAAAUUUUGUAGGACAAGAAGCUGCAAAAAAGGAUCUGGAAGAAGCCUGGGAAAGGCUUGAUUUUGGUGUGAAAAAAAGGUCUGAGUCAGAAAAAGAGAAUGGGAUUCGUACACAGGUGAGGAGUACUAGGCCUCCUCCUCCUCUGGUUGCCAAUAGCUGUGGUACUUCAAUUGGGUUAAGCCCAUAUGUCUUGCAUAGUGCCACGUCACCUCCACCAACCCCUUCAAGGAGGUGUAAAUCUCCCUUUGUUCCUUCUUUCAAGAGUGUCACUAAGGUCUUGGCAUUCCCUUCUUUUCUCUGGGCUAAAGUUGAUGCAUUCAUAGACCGCUUGACAAAGUGUACCAAGAAUGCUGAUAGUGUUGCUGAACAUUUUUGGGAUCACGUAAAGCUUGGGGGAAAUGUGUCUGAGACUAUGUGGGGAAAGGUGAGCCUUGGGACAAAAAUAGUGACAGAAGGAGGGGUUGAGAAUGUGUUCAGGCUGAACUUCAUUGUUGGUCCAAGAGAAAAGCUUGUAAAAUCUUCAUCAUGUUACUUGUCUACUUCUGUUGGGCCAAUACCAGGAUUGCUCUUCAUAUCAACAGAACAAUUAGCCUUCUGCAGUGACAGACCUCUUACCUUCAAAUCUUCAAACAAAAAAAAUGCUUGCAGUUAUUACAGGGUUGCUAUACCUCUUGGAAGGGCACUCUCUGUGAAUGAAUUUGAGAAUUUGGACAAGCCUGGAGAGCAAUACAUUCAAAUCCAAACAGUUGAUAAUCAUGAAUUUUGGCUUAUGGGUUUUGUAAAUUAUAAGAAAGCCAUGAAGUAUCUGCAGCGGGCAGUAAGGUCUCAUUAGAUUUGCCCUUUUUUCCAGGGAACAUUUUUGCAUGAAUGUGAGAUUAGUUUCGCGUUAGAUUAAAAAAUAUACACAGUUUUAUCCAGAAGCGUUUCCACAUACUAUAUAGAAUGUGGAAAACAAGCUAUUUUAUGUACAGUAGCUUCUUCUACUUCAAGUUUUCAUUACUCAUUGUACAAUUAGAAUAAGAAGCCAAGGCUAGAGACAUGCAUUGUUCUAUUGUAUUGUAUAACUAUGUCACUGGUGGGAAUUAACGUUGAGGAAGUCCAGUUGUAUCUCUCUUUCAAAAGUCAUGAAAAUCUGUAUAGAUUGAAGCAUGUUUUAAACCUUUUGCUUAAGCUAAUUAAAGAAGUAAAACAUUUUUUUUCUCA